GAAGAGCCUUUCUGGAAUAACAUUGACCAGCAAACCUUCCACCGCCUUCUCAACCUCAUCGUCGAAUAUUUCAGGUUCAAGGCUGCUGUUUGGCGAAUUGGAUGUCUCCUGCAGCCAAUGGUUUGCACAGCUUUCGCGAGUGCACGAUCAACAUGCGGGCUUAUACUCUGCUCCAAUCCAGCAUUGCUCGAAUUUUGGAACGUAGAGAGAUGUCGGGACACGCUGCUUCNNCCUCUUCUUGCACGCUCAGAUCUUUCUGCACUGCGCCUUGUGUGCCAUGGUAUCAGUGAACGCGUCACAAGCCAGUCCUUUACUGCCAUCAACGUCACCUUUCGGGCUCGAUCGUUCAGUAAACCGGCCAGACUUGCUUCUCUGCAGAGGAUAGGCCAUCAUAUCAAGGAGGUCACUUUUCGUCUAUCUCGAAAUAUGGAUACGACGUUACCACCUCUCAUAGAUCCUUGGACUGGAGAACAAAAGCCAUUUGUGUGGAAGCCUUCAAUCGCUCAAGACCGCAAUGCUGAGAAUUCGGUCAAACAACCAAGAUAUGGUGACGUGCAGACAACACAGUUGCUGAUCCGGCAGUACCCACCACUCUUUCACGCCGCUACAAACGCACGAUCUUUUGUUACCGCAAUGUCUUGUCUGACGAAUUUGCAAAACCUGAGAAUCUCUUGCACUGCAGCUGGUGAAACAAUAUCGUCCAAUGCACAAGGCACAGACAUAGUGGAAGUCGCACUCGCAUCUCUUCGUUGCGCUAUUGAGGAAGCCAGGCUCAAGCAUCUAGACACACUCACUCUCUCCAAUAUUCGCUCAGCAGACAUCAUGGCUCUGUCACCUCCAGCAAUAAGUGCGCAUCCGGCUUCUGCAAAAUGUUGGUCCAAGGUUCGUGUUCUGGAUAUCACCAUGUACUCUGGAUCCGACUCGACAGCGGAGUCCGACCAACUAAAACUGUUGCGCAAAUAUGUUCGUAGCUACAAGGAACUGCGUCGAUUCUCCUUCCGAUGGAUUGGCGCAAGAGGGCUAUCACCGCUGCCCGAGUUGGCGCUGGAGCAGAGUAGUAGGACUCAUCCUGCAUUAAGGCAUGCAUCACCUUCAACACCUGCGCCACUGUUCUCACAUCUUGAGUACCUGGCGCUGGAUAACGUGGUAAUCUCGGCGACCCAGGUGCAGCGCUUGAUGCAGACGCACAAGAGCACAUUAAUAGAGAUCGACCUUGAGAACGUUGUUCUGAAGGAUGGAAGUUGGCAUGAUGCUCUAGCCACUACGGGUGGCGGGGACGUCAAGACCAAGCCAACCUCUAUCACAGAAGAAGGAGAUGUACCAAUUAUGCUUGCACCGAACAUUUCUCUACCACAAUCUCAACGACAGAUACCAAAGAAAGAGUACAGCGACCGGACUGAUCAAGCCACCAAGCGAGCAAGAAGAAUAUUGCUCGCCGACGAAAUCAGACAGGGCGCCUCAUCGAGCCUUCAGUCUAAAAGAGUCGACAACAAAGAACGAAGAAAAAAGAGGGUUGAAGGCAUGACGCUGUCACCAUAUCAGCAACUGAAGAGGAAAUGUGGUGACUUGUUGGGAUGGAGAAUGAGAAAUGGGCCAACGCUGGUCGUUGGCUGA